AUGGUUCUUUCUAGGAUACUCCUUUUCCUUGUCAUCACCAUUAUCAAUGGCAUAGCAUAUGGCUUUGUUCCUACUGCAGGCAACAACUCCUCACAUAAAAGGAAAUUUGAAACUCGGUCGUCCCGUCAUUCCAAAUGGAAAUCAUCACCCCGUCGUCAAUGUAACCAGAAAGACCUAAUUCGCAGGAAAGCCAGCUUGGUCGAAUCCAUCGAGAGUUUGCUUGAAUCCAAGCAACCAAGCGGCGUUUCACGAGCAUAUCUAGAGUGCAUGAUUGAAAAGCGUGGAUUGCGCGAGAAUUUUGUGGUUGUGGUCACUGGAGCUGUAGGAGGGAUUGGAUUGGCUCUUUGCGAGGCAAUUGUAGCCAUGGGUGGAUUGAUAGUAGCAAUGGACUAUCAAGAAGAGGGCCUUUUAGAAUUGCAAGACAAGUACCCAGAUCGUGUGAAGACUAUAGUGGCGGAUUUCCAGGACAUGUCGUCCGUGAGUGAGGCAGCCGAUUGGAUUCAGGAUCAAGUCUCACAUAUUGACAUUAUGGUGUGUAAUGCUGGGGUUGCCUACAUGUUUGGAGAUGACAAUGUCGAGCUUGCUUCAAGUUCAAAACAGGGCUACGAUAAAUUAUUUCAGAUCAACUAUUUGAGUCACCAUCUUCUGGUGGAAAAGCUGUUGACUAAGAUGGAUAAAGCAAAUGGACGAGUUGUUCAUAUCACUUCUGGAUUGCACAUGGGUGCCGAUGGAUCGGGACUGGUAACUCCGUCGUUAAAAGGCCUUAAGGAAAGCUUCAAUAACUACAAAAGUGUCCGUGACUUUGGUCCGGCAGCUAGCAGAAGUGGAAACAGUCGGUUGCCAAAUCAUGUUGCAGUAGCCUAUGGAAACUCGAAGUUGGCACAACUUUGGCACGCUGCGACUCUAAAUCGCCUGGGGGUGAUCGAAGCUACGUGUGCUUGUCCAUCUUGGGCUGCAACGGGAAUUGCUGGAGGCAACAAAGAGGCGACACAGUUGUUGGCAAAAUUUGCAUUUUCUCCCCAACCAAAAGUGGACGAAGUGGCAGGUCCAGCGCUCCGCUCGAUCUUGGAUGCCAUGUUAUUGCCCACUGAGGAUUUGAAGGCUGCAGGAGUGAUGGACGGUUCCCGAAUGCUGGGUAAUAGUAGAGUCUUUGACACUGUCUUCCCUCAGAACAACGAUCGCCCGAACUCAGUCAUGACUUUCCUGAGCCGGUGUUUUGAUCGCGAAAAAUGGGUCAUGGUCUUUGCAUCCUACAUUGUACUGUUGUUGCAACGAUGGGGGCACAACGAUGGAGAAGGUGAUGGGCCGAUUUUUCAAAAAACUUCUUACGAGUGUCGCAUGAACCUAAAAGGCCAACAACAGCUGUAUGAGUGGAGUGAGCUGGCCAUUGCUCCGUUCUUGGCGGAAAGGAAUGCUGCAGCUGCAGAAUCGCUCGAGGUGCCGGUAUUGCUGACACCUACGUCCAACAAAGAAGAUGAUGACAUGGAGGACGAGGAAAAGCUUCUUGUCGCAGCUGCAUAG